AUGAAUUCGGGUGCUCAUUUCCUUCUCGCGGUUGCCAUAUUGGCUUUGGGAGCCUCCAUUUCCUCAGCCUAUGACCCAAGUCCUCUUCAAGACUUUUGUGUUGGAAUAGAUGACCCCAAAAAAGCCUUGUUUGUGAAUGGGAAGUUCUGCAAGGACCCUAAAAUGGUCAAUGCCAACGACUUCUCAUUUUCGGGUCUCAACAUUCCCGGAGACACCAACAACAAAGUUGGUUCCAACGUGACUAAUGUGAACGUGGGCAAACUUCCAGGGCUCAACACUCUUGGCAUACAAUUGGUUCGAAUCGACUUUGCACCAUACGGCGAAAACCCGCCCCACACUCACCCUCGUGGCACCGAGAUCCUCGUAGUCGUGGAGGGAACGCUCUACGUCGGUUUUGUGUCAUCGAACGCAGAUGGAAACCGCCUUUUCGCGAAGAUUCUAAACAAGGGAGACGUGUUCGUUUUCCCAAUUGGGAUGAUCCACUUCCAGUUCAAUCCGGGACACUACCCAGCUGUGGCCUUUGCCGGUCUCAGCAGCCAAGAUGCAGGAGUCAUUACAAUUGCUAACACCGUGUUUGGUUCAACUCCUCCUAUUAAUCCUGAUAUCCUUGCCAAGGCAUUCCAACUGGACAGGAAUCAGGUUGAGCUACUUCAGCAGAAGUUCAAGCCUAAAAAUUAGAAAGAAAAUUGAGUUAUAUAUGGUUCGGCACGUGAUCAAAUAGUAGUGGAUAUAUGUAGUAGUGUACGUUAUAUCAUGUUUUCCUAAUAAUGUCUGCUACGUACUUGUGUUUUGUAUGAUUUACCUAAAUAAGGAGGAAGGUCAUAUGCCUACUGCCUAUACCUUUCUCCAUUGUGGGAUUUUGAGUACGG